AUGGAGCUUGUUUUAUGCAAAUGGCUAUUUGCGUUUCUACUCUGUUUCUGGCUCAUCUUCUCUGUUGCAUUCUCAGUGAAGGGACUUCCUGGAAACUCAAAAGUAAGAGGAGUGAAUUUGGGCGGAUGGUUGGUUGUGGAAGGGUGGAUUAAACCUUCUCUGUUCGACGGUAUUCCCAAUGGAGACAUGCUUGAUGGAACAGAGGUUCAAUUCAAGUCAGUGACAUUGCAGAAAUAUGUGUCCGCAGACAAUGGGGGUGGCAUGAAUGUUACAGUGGACAAGGAUGUUCCUUUAUCAUGGGAAACUUUUAGGUUAUGGAGAGUUUCCGAUUCAGUAUUUCAGUUUCGCACCUCUCAAGGCCAAUUUCUAACAUGUGAUGGAGGCUUUGUCUAUGCAACAGCAGAAUCACCAUUGGCAACAGAAACAUUUUAUAUUGAAAGAAAUUUUAACACUAGAGUUCAUAUCAGACUUAAAAGUGGAACCUAUCUGCAGGCUUCAAAAGCCAGCCAGAUCACAGCAGACUAUCGGGGGACACCAGGAUGGGAUAAUAAUGCAGCCACAUUUGAGAUGAUGAUUAUAGCAAAUAAUUUACACGGAGAUUAUCAGCUUGCCAAUGGAUUUGGGUAUGCCAAAGCCAAAGAAGUUCUCAAGAGGCAUAGAAACAGCUUUAUCACUGUAGAUGAUUUCAAUUUUCUGUAUAGACACGGAAUAAAUACUGUGAGGAUCCCUGUUGGCUGGUGGAUUGCUUUUGAUCCCAAUCCUCCUGCCCCUUUUAUAGGAGGAUCGUUAGAAGCUCUGGAUAAUGCGUUCUCAUGGGCACAGUAG